AAUCAGUCCAUUUCUGAAAUUUUAUGAGACAUGACCGAUUUAAUCGUGCCGACCGCCCAAGGAAAAUUAAAAGGAAAAGUGUUUGGUAAAGUGUACGAAAAACCGUUUUUAGGGUUUUUGGGAAUACCUUACGCUAAAGCGCCUGUAGGAGAUCUUAGGUUUAAGCCCCCACAAGAUCCUGAACCAUGGGUCGGAAUAAAAAAUUGCACGAAAGAGGGAACACCCUGUCCAUCAAAACACCUGUCAUUUAAAUUCUACAUUGGAAACGAAGAUAACUGUCUAAAUCUAAAUGUUUUUACCAGACAAACCAAAAAUGUUACCACUCCAAAACCUGUGCUAUUUUUUAUACACGGUGGAGCUUUUAUAUUGGGGAACAACAGGACUGAAGUUUACGGUCCUGAUUUUUUGAUGGCAGAAGAAAUUGUGGUAGUCGUAAUUAACUAUCGUCUUGGAGUAUUAGGGUUUUUGGCCAUUGAAGAUGAUAGCUAUGGAAUUCCUGGAAAUGCCGGUCUUAAAGAUCAAGUAAUGGCUUUAAAAUGGGUGCAAAGAAAUAUUCUAAAUUUUGGAGGUGACCCAAAUAACGUAACAAUUGUUGGACAAAGCGCUGGAUCCAUAGCUUGUCAUUUUCUCAUGUUGUCACCACUAGCUAAGGGUCUUUUCCAUAGAGCAAUUUUGGCAAGUGGGGUUGCUCUUAAUACUUGGGCUACUGGGGGGACGUAUAAUUUACACAAAUUGGGUUAUUUACUGGGGUAUAUGGAACAAGAUGACAAAAGUAUUUUUGAAAAGUUAAAAAAAGAACCCCUGAAAAAUAUCGUAGCAGCCCAAUACGAGUAUAAAGAUGACUGUUUAUUGGACAAAAUUCGCCCGUUUGUCCCAAUCGUCGAAAAACCCUCCAAAGACGCGUUUAUAUCUGAUCUCCCAAUAAACAUAAUAAAAUCUGGAAAUUACAAUAAAGUCCCCUUCAUGAUUGGAUACACAACAAACGAGGGAAUGUUGUUUGAGUUACUAAGAAUGAUAAUGACUUGGAAUAAAAUUCCAAAAAGUCUUGACAACGAAAUUCCUCAUGAUGUUCCCCAUAACGGUGAUGUGGAAAAAAUAAAUACCAUUAAAGAGAAAGUGAAGAAUUAUUAUUUUAAAGGCAAUGAAGUUGGGAAAAAAACCUACAGUGAUAUUUUGAAUAUGAAAUCAGAUUCCGCCUUCAGAUACCACAUACAAAAAGCAAUCAAACUGCAUCAAGAAACCAACGACAAACCGAUGUACUUCUACAAAUUCUCCCACGAAGGCCCAUUUAAUUACACCAAAAAAUUGGUGGCGGUCACAAGCAGAAUACUCCUGUACAUUCUACUGGCACUGGCUUUCAUGACGAAGUUGAUUCCACCCAUCAACAACUUCUUCCACUUCCUCAUCCAAAAGUUGCCCAUGCGCGAAAACCUCAAAGGUACCAGCCAUUGCGACGACGUGGGGUAUCUCUGGAAGUACCGGAUACACCCGAAAAUACGCCCCGGGAGCCCUGAAGACUUCUACGUCAGGAGAAUGGUGAAGUUGUGGACGAACUUCGUGAAGUACGAGAACCCCACUCCGGAAGUCGACAAUGAGCACUUCGAGGGCGUUCUGUGGAAGCCGAUAUCCAAAACUGAUUUGCCAUGUUUGAAUAUUGACGAAACGUUGGAGAUGGUGAAGAAUCCUGAUAAGGAACGGUACCAGUUUUGGGACAGUAUUUAUUCGCUUUAAGUUUUGGUUUAAUGUUAUUUAUUAAAAGGUUUCAUUAUAUUUUUGUACAUACGAUUUUUAGGCUUUUUUAGUAUUUUGGUGAAGUUUUUUAUGAAAAACAUUGCACAUUGUACUUUAACCAAGAAAAAAAAACGAUUUUAGUUGUUUUAUGUUUAUUACUACCUAAAUACCCG